UGACUCGCCUCCGUCCGCCAUAUUGCAUUUGUAAGGUGGCGACUGGCGAGGGAUCAUUUACUAAUGCACAAUUUUUAAUUUUAUAAAUGCUUAAAAUAAUUCUGUACUCAGAACUGUUAGUGUAAGUUUGUUCGCGAGUUUGUUUUGUUUUGAGUUUGGUUUAAAUUCUUAUUAAGUGUACAGUGAACGCAUAAUUAUAAAAAUUGUGCUGGGUUCCACCAUUGAAAUAACCAAGUAGUGACCGAGAGUACCAGAAAAGGUUCACCGACAGCGCAUUGCAGACUGGUCCAGAUAUUUUCACAUGGAAUGUAGAUUCAUAGCAUCAUGAAUGGCAAAGUAAACGGUACUAUGGAAAAUCCAGUUGAUACUUCUCCAAAACCGCCAGACAAUUUAAAAAAUGAAAAGCAAACUGCUUCUGAAGGCUGUGAUAAUGCAACAAAUCUCUGUGAAAAUAGCAAUAACACUGAGGACGGUAAUCACUUAGACAGUGAAAGCAGUCAAGAGGGAAUGGCUCAUAGCAACGCGGGGGACUUGGACAAUGAUGACAGCAACGCCAGUGAUAGUCAGGAACAUGACAUCCAACUGUCAACAGAGGGGCCGGACCUACCUGAAAAUGAUAAUGAUAACAGUAACAUCAUUAUUUUGGAGAAUAAUUGUGGCAACAGUAAUGAAUCGUUUGCAGAGUCUCUAACCAAUUGUCAAGUGAAGACAGAUGCAAAUGAUGAAAACCUGCACAAAAUCAUGGUUGAAAAGAACCAAGAGGCUGAAGAAGCAAGGGCCCUUGGUAAAGGUACCACCACUAUUACUCGCAUCACUGAAAUCACACCAGAUGAGGUUUCUGAUACCAUGCUGGAUUCAGAAGUAGACUCUUCAGAUGAAGAUAUAUUUGAAGGUGAACCAAGAGCUGAAGACACAGUGAGUAUCAACUCAGACAGUGAUACAGACAGGCCAGUUGACCUGUCACAAGAAGACAUCAUUAAAAUAAAAGAUAGUAAUAUAGUUUUAUUAGACAAUGAAGAUGGGUCUCUUAGUCAAAAUGGGAAUUCCCAUGAUUCACUUAGUCCAGAAGUUCAAGAAAUUGUAAGUGAUAAUGAUGACUGUGUUAUGGAUGUAGAAAAGGUAGUGAGUGAUAGCAAAGUACAACUGCGACGCAGCAGUAGGGCGAUAAAGCGUAAAAGAUAUAUUGAUGAAUUGGAAAAUGGUGGUAAUGACUCUGAUAACCCCCCACCAGGACCAGUAAGUCGCAAGAAUAAACCAAUUGUUAUCAAUGAUACAAAAGCAUUGGUUGAAAUGGCAGCCAGGCAGAUGAAGACCAAUCAGAAUCACUCGCAAAGGAAGCCGCCUACUGUUGUAAUAAUUGACAUCAAUACCAAGCCGUCUGAAAAAUCUUCAAGUUCACAUAAGCCUGCUGGGUUGCCAAUAAGUUCUAAUUUAAGUGCACAAAAUCUUUAUCAGAGUAUUGUGGCUCGAGGCACGACUGUGACGCCAGUGAGCAGCAAGACUAACGCGACCACGCAGAGCUCGAGCCAGGCCGCGCAGCCCUCUAUACUGCCUUCACUUACAGACGACAUGUUCGUAGUUGAAGCCCCGUCUUUCAUAGUACCCUACGUUUACGAAAAACCUUCAGUGAAACCAUUCAGGGAGUUUGUAGACUUGUUGGGUAAGGAACUAGAUGAACAGAAAGCCAAAGAAGAUAAAGAAUUACAGGAACAAAAAAAAGAUGAAAAAAAGGAAAAAGAUAAAGAUGUGAAGAAAGAACAAGGUGACGAAGAUGCAGCCCAGUCAGAGGACGAGCCAGCUUCUGGAGGUGUUGAUUCAGCUGAGGUUGAGGAAGUUGAUGCUGAGCAAGUUGAUGACAAGAAAAAGAAGAAGAAAGAUAAACGAAGGCGUGGUGAGGAAGAUGAUGCAUCUUGGGAUGGAGAAUCUUCCACAGACUCUGAGGAUGAAAUCCUGAUGAGUGAUGAAGAAAAUAAGACUAUUAUUCUUAAAGAUAAAGUUGAUUCUAUAGGAGAGAUAAAAGAUGUUGCAGAUUUAACUGCAGAUAAGGUGUGCUCAAACAAAUCAGAUAAUUAUUUUGAUUGUUCCCUCGGAAAGUUUUUUAUGAAUAUUGGCUUAGGUUUGGUGCAAGAAUAUGUACAAAGUGAUUUAUUGAAACAACAGAACAGGAAACUAAAUAGAGAGAAGAAAUCUGGAAAUAGUACUAGAGCCACAGAGUCAUCUAUUGCUUCACUUAGUAAAAAUAUUGAAUUUAGCAAAGCAAAUAAUGCACCUUACUCGUUCCCUCAGAAGAAAUGCGAAUUUUGUAGUUUUAAGACGGAGUCUCAGUUGGCGUUGGCUCAUCACUUGGAGACGCCACACAUGAAGAAUAAUGUUUACAAGUGUAACUUCUGUCCGUUUGAGAUACGGAGUCCUCAUGAUAUACUAUAUCACAUGGAAGCGGAGCAUAAUAUCAGAGGGAAGUUAGAGAGAGCCCCCGCCUACCACCAGUGCGCCAACUGUCCUUUCGAGGACAACGGCAAAGGAAAAUUGGCGCGCCAUCUAAUUCCUUGUGCCAAGAAAUUUAAACCUGAAACGAAUUUGGCUCCACCGCUUGAGUGGGAGCCUCCUGCUAAAAUACCAAAGAUAACCAGGUCCCGCAACAGUAUGAUGGGUUCUUACCAGAAUAACUUGAACCGGGGUCACAUGGGCAGUAGUCAGGGGCGUCAGGUGGCUAGCUUUACGGUCAGUGCUUCGUACCGGCCCCGCACUCGCACGCCCAUGUCCGUGGCGCCACGAUCCCUGCCCGUGCAUGGGGUGCCUAUAUUACGCAGCGGCGUUAUGGUCAGGCACAAUGCGCCGGCUUCCCUGUCUUCAAAUUAUCCAGUCUCUAAUCACGUAAGACAGAAGUCGGUGCAUCAGCCGUCGAUUUCCAUAACCCCACUGCCUCGGCAGUCGCUGCCCGCGCCAGUGCAGUUCCCGCCCCCACAAGUCGUCAACUCCAAGAGUACCUUCGUCAUUUGCGAGAUUUGUGACGGCUACAUCAAAGAUCUCGAGCAGCUACGAAAUCACAUGCAAUGGAUACACAAAGUGAAGAUCCAUCCUAAGAUGAUCUACAACAGGCCGCCACUUAAUUGCCAAAAAUGUCAAUUUAGGUUUUUCACGGACCAAGGCCUAGAACGACAUCUGCUAGGUUCUCACGGCCUUGUCACUAGUUCAAUGCAAGAAGCCGCCAACAAAGGCAAGGACGCCGGCAGGUGCCCCGUGUGUGGCAGGGUAUACCAAUGGAAAUUGCUGAACCACGUGGCCAGGGAUCACAACCUAACGUUGAAGCCAGCUCACUUGUCAUACAAAUGCACGGUUUGUACGGCCACGUUUGGCAUGUACAAGCAGUUUGAAAGUCACGUGUAUUCUGCUCACAGCGUGGUCGCCAAGCGAGUCAUGGACAAAAGCAAGAGUGCGGCCCCUCCUAAGGCUAGCGAAUCGCUCCUGAAGCCAUUGAAAAUUAAUGACGAGAUUACAAUUAUACCACAGCCCGUGAAAGCGGCUAAUACUCCCAAUAAUAAUGAUGAUUAAGAAUUGGCGGCGCUAGGCGUCGCUGUUUGGUGGUGCGAGCUUGCCGUAUCCGUCGUGUCGUCAAUCAGAAGACGCCACUUCACCGUGACGUUAUGCAUGGAACUCCCCCCUUAGUGUACAUUCCAAUACGAGCGCAUUCUUGCUACGCGUAUAACAUUAAGCCUAUAAAUACUGUACUAUAUGUCCGCUACGAGAGAUUAUGUAGCGACAGCUCGUCACACAGCGUUCCAGGUAAUUAGACUUCUAAAAUAUUACACAUUACACUGCCUAGGCUUCAAAAGCCAGUGAUCUUUAUCAUAAAUUCGAAUAUGGAACCAAGAUUCCAUCUUUGAUUUUAUACAAUACAUUCAAUUAUGCACGGCAGUCAUUCGUAAUUUUCGAUGUUGUAAAUUUCGUAAUAAUUAACGUAAUUUUAUAUACUAUUUGUAAUUUGGAAUGUACACUGAUCAAGUGGAGCAAGUAACUCACGUAAAUGUUAAACAUACCUCAGCGAAUCUUAGAUAUAUUGUAAUUUUUUAUGUAAGAUAUUAUAAUGUCAUAUUCCGUGAGGGGUGAAGAGGAGUUGAAAUUGAAACUUAUUUGGAUUUAUAUAGUAAGGUAAACAAAUGUGUGCGGGUUGUGUUAUUGCGAUGGGAUACAAAGUCCGUCUAUUUAAUAUUAUUUUUGAAGAGGAUCUUGUUUGACAAUAUAAUAACUUUACAUGAUUAUGCAUGCCACAGUCAAGCUAUUAGCAAUUUGCAGUUCGUAAUUAAUGGAUUGAUUAUGAAACACUCUUCAUGUUACCGAAACACAAUUUGUAAUUGCUGCUAGCGCUUAGUACCAAGUAUGCUCUACAUACUAUGUAAGUAGAUUAUACUAAAUCUGGUUGAGUUUGAUGAUGUGAUGUGUCUUGAAUUAUGUUAUGUGUGAGUCUAAAUACAAUCUAGGUUCAUCAACAUGAUUAUAAUGAACCUAUACAGUGAAGUAAAUCUGGUUGAGUUUGAUCAUGUGACGUGUCUUGAAUUAUGUUGUGUGAUUAUUUGGAGUCUAAAUACAAUCUAGGUUCAUCAACAUGAUUAUAAUGAACCUAUACAGUGAAAAGCAAUUUAAAAGCAAUAAUUGUAGGGUAGUUUCCACGUGGAAUUACCUGCCUUAGAGCACAUGAAGCCUAGCCGGAUGUUGAUUACUGGUCUAACCUCAUGCACGUUGUCCACAAGAAAUUAUAGAAGUUUAGAUUGCCACUUUAUGGUUAGGUGCCGAGCGCCUUCUAUGGUUCACACCUAACUUACUGGCGGUUCACAAUAAGUUGAUCGCGGCGAGACGCGCAUGUCUCAUCACACAUAUCCUUCGUGCGCUCUGCAGUCUCCAGCGAUAUACCGUUCACGCCAUUAAGUUAGACAUGAGCUAUAUACCAAGCGUUAGGUCAGUUUUAUUAUCUUGCCGCAUGCAGCUAGACUUUAAGUCGACCCAAACAAAAUAUUGAUUAAUAAGACUAUUCGUGAUGACUAUGUUAACAAAGAUAAUCAUUAGGAGACUAUAACUUUUCUAUGUAUAAUGUUGCCAAUACCUGGAAAUGUCGCACCGAAAAGUAUCCUUUUCAUUUAAUUGACCUUAGAACUAUUGUAAAUAUAGUAAUUUCUUCGUAUUUUUAAUUUAGUAGUUCACAUGUUUUGCAUGCAUCGCGACCAAAUAUAUGUUUGACUCAGGGUAACACUAAUAUUAAAAUGUAAAACACGUAGGAAGCGUUUCAUAUCAUAUUGCUGUCGUAGUUGAAAUGUCUAAAUCGUAAUGAUCGAAGUCGCCUCGACCGUUGUGUAGGUAGCGACACUUCGAGUAGAUGCACACGUCAAACUUGAACAUUAUAACGUUUUCAUUAAACACUGAGACAUCUUCUACGUCGCAUCAAAUAUGCUGAUUGUCUGCGGUCGGCAAAACUUUGUUGCUUUUCAUAGAUCUUAUAUUUAAACGUGUUAUUUACAUAUGAAAAAUAUUGAUUCUUUAUUUUUUAUAGCUUACUAAACAAUCAGAUACAGAUAUAUUUACCAAGUAUAUAGUGUCGUGCAAUAGAUAUAUUUUGUAGAUGUCUUCAGUAAUAAUAAUAGCAGGUGUCGUGAGGCCCUCGGCUCGUGUGACGGUAGCUGUCCUCUCGUGAGCGGCCUCUUGUGAUUUUAUCUUGCAAAGAAUCUUUUCAAUGGCCUUCCGAAAUAUUCAACUGAAUUAAAAUAAUAUUCUAUUUGAUAUCAGUUCUAUGCUCAAUAGAAAUUUAAUCUUAGUAAAUGUUUGAAAAAAUAUGUAGACGCCGAUCACCUACGAUCAAAAUUGCACUGUUUGUACAUAAUUCGAUUUUCAUGACAAAAGAGAAAUAAGUAAACGUUUAGUCGUAUAUCGUCGCAAAAAGGCCAAUUCGUGAAGGGACUAGUUCUCGAAAGGACUAAUUCGCGAACUAGCUAAUUCUCAAAAGGACUAAGUAGUAAAAUGCCUAAUUCGUGAAAAGACUCAUUUGUAAAAGGACUAAUUCGUAAAGUGGCUAAUUCUCCGAAUGGCCAACUCAUUCCAUGAGUUAAAUGAUAUGAAAAAUCUAAGUUAAUCUUCUAGGUUAUGUUAUAUUUUAUAACAAAUGCAAACAAUAACUUAGCCAAAAAACAUUAUUAAACUAGAACAAUCAUAGAUUUUUAUAGCGAAAAACACCGUAUCUUACAAUGAGUCAUAUAACAUAUUUUAAGUUUCAUCACUACAAUAAUAGAUGAGGAAAAUACCAAGUGAUUUCUAUAUUCUCAAUCCACUUUAGAACAACAACGAUUUACUCAUCCGUUGACUAGGUGGAGCUACUUUUAAUAAUUAGGCUUUAUACGACUAAACGAAGUAAUCAUCACAUAUUUAUUUGUAACUUAUUUUCAACCAGGUAAAAUUAUGUUGGACAAUUAAUUUCUUAAAAUCUUUGUUAGCGUUUAGUACAUUUAGUGAAUGACGAUUAUUUUAAAUCAAUGAAUUGGCUCGUGAUGCUUAUACUGAUAAAUCUGUUGCAUGUGGAUUUGGGUGACCAUAGUGGCUUGGAUGUUGCAGUCGUAAAAAAUAACUAAUCAAAGUAAAAUAUAGCAAAAAGGCUGAAAAUUCAACAUCGUGCAUAGGGUGAUUGUACACUUUCUCUUAGUUCUCGUGUUAGCUGACGUCUUGUAAGGGUUGUUGUGUUCCUCUGAUGUUUGUUUAAACCAUGGCCACUGGAGCCAAGUUAUUAUGUUUAUUUAUACACAAGCCGAUAUGGUCGCACCGUGUCAGUUUUGUAAAAGGUGAUAAAAAAAAUAUAUAUAUAAGCAUGUUUUUUGACUAUUAUGAAUAGCUGUGUUUAUACUGACUUUUUUUUCGAAGCUGUGUUUUUCAAGAAUUUUUCAAAGAAGUUGUACCUAUCAUCACCAUUUCAUAGCAAUAGCCGCUGUGUUAAUUAAUACAUAUAAGUUUAGACACAUAGCGUAAUAAAUAUAUUCGAAGGCCGAAUUUCUCUUUGUAGGCUAUUUGUCUGAUCGAGUGCGUCGAAAUACUACAUGAUUGUGUUUAGGAGUGCACAUUCCUAAUGAGUAAAGAAUUAUUUCAUUGUAGUAAUACCGGGAGGUGCGUGGUUAAUAUUUAUUAUUUAAACCUAGGUUGUUAAAUUAGCUUUUAGUUAAAUUGAGAGUAAAAAAUAAUAACUUAAAGAGUUUAUUUUCUGCUACUGUGUUUUUAUUUUCCGAUACUUGUGUUUCUAAACUUGAGUGACUGCGAUUAGCAGAACCUAAUUUAGGUUUUGAAGAUCAUAAUAUAUUAAUACCUAAAAGAACACGAUUCGAAAGUUUUGUAUCAUUUUGUUAUCUUGUAAAUAAGGUAUCGUUUAAGUAUUUGUAAUAAAGAUACCUUACCAUUA